AUGAUGGAGGACGGUUAUCAGUCCAAUGAGGAUGGCUCCGGCUUGCAUUCACCCAUCUUCGGGGCUGAAUUUCCUCAGCCGCAUGGAUACAUCUGCUAUCGUCAAGAUCAACUAGAUAGACAACAUGCAGCGGGCAUCCUAGCCUCUCAGUUUAAUUACAUCAACAUCCACCCGCACCCUCACCUUCUCGAAACCCCUUCGGAUUUUCAUUCAAAUCAGAAUCUUCACCACCAUAAUUCAUAUCAGUCUGAGUUUCCUCCACAAAGAAAUCACCUCGGCCUUGACACACCGCCCCAUGCCCACCCUAACACCUGCCUUCCGCUCCCUCCAGCUCACGGUGCCGUCAUCAAUUUGUUCUACCAAGGCCCCCAAAAUCGAAAAUAUUCUGCCGAGGACUUGCGCACACAGUCUUACUCAGGUGGUUGCUCAGCACAACCCCCUGCAAUACAAACUCCAGAGAGCACUCGAUCCCCUGUUCCAACGUCAGAGUCAACCCUUCAACUGCAGCCAGCCGCAUCUACGUCUCAGGAUCCGCCUCACAGGGAAAUUUCGAAUCAGGUGGUAGCUUGUCAGCAAUGUCGUGCAAGGAAAAUUCGAUGCGAUUCUGCAAGACCAAUUUGUCAUAAUUGUGUGCGCCGCUCGAAUGAAUGCCAAUACGAUGCAGCACCUAAACGGCGAGGGCCUGAUAAAAGGCCAGGCACUCGCCAGCGCUCAUGCAAGAAAUGUCCAACAGAUGGUUCAUCCCCUUCUUCCCUUCGGUCCAAGCGAAAACGCACUUCAGUCAGGAAUGAUGACUUCGAGCUUCCGCAGGAAUCUAACGUCCCCUCCGCCUGAACUUGCCUCGUGGUCGGGUGUCACCCCAAGGUCACAGGUAUUGGUACCCCGAGUGGAAUUGAUGCCAGUCAAUCGGUUUCUUCUCUCCCUCUGCAUUGCGUCUCUAAUUUUAUCACACCUUAGCUAAAUUUGGACUUCUACCCAAACGACCUGUAUCUCUGCUUCGGGAACACACCCCACCUAUCAAUUUGACCUUCGCGCGGAAGUCACUUCCGCACACCUAACGAAUGGCACGCAAUACAUGAGCUCAGUUUUUGGCAGUUUGGCAGCUUCGAU